GGAUAAGGCAUUGGCCUCCUAAGCCAGGGAUUGUGGGUUCGAGUCCCAUCUGGGGUGGGCACUUUUUUUUCACCCCGCGUGGCUGAGGCAGGAGGGCUAUCAGCCGCAGGGGCUCCGCGACCCUCGAACUGCACUGGCUUCCUCCGGCCGGGGGGUUGGACGCUUGAGCUGCCGGGCUUCGUCUCCUGGGACUUCCGAGCGCCCCCGUUGGUCGUAGAUCGUUUUAAGACCCGAGACUUCGGAAACGCGCCGCCAUCUUCGGCCCCUCCCCGCCAACGGUCGGCGGGCGGGGAGGGGCGGAAGAUGGCGGCGCUGGGCUCUCCGCUGCAGACCUUCCGCGGGCUCCUGCGUGAGCUCCGCCACGCCAGCGGCCGUCCCUAUCGCGACACGCCCGCCUACCAGCACAUCGUCGCGACGUUUCGCGCCCACCGGGUCACCAGCCAGAAGCUGUGCCGGGCCCAGCAGGAGCUGCAUUUCCAGGCCGCCACCUACCUCUGCCUGCUCCGCAGCGUGCGGGAGCACACGGCCCUCCACCGGGAGUACCACGGCAAGGGGGAGCGCUCGCCCGAGGAGGUCGCCGGCCUGGUGGGCUUCAGGUUGCCUCAGCAGCCUGGAGGGAAAGGCUGAAAGAUGAUUCUCGCCGCGUUACCUAUUUAUUCCCGAUUAAUAAAACACCCGAGAAAUUGUUGAAACUGGA